UUUCGCAAUAUACGCAGGAGAAAGAAGCAGAAGACACUCAGUCUUCGUACGGAAGGUGGUGUUUAUAUUUGCCUGCCUAGUCGAGACAAAAAAGACGAAACCUUCUAUGAGCGGACGAAAUGGCAGGGAUUGACGAUUACCACAAUUAUAGCAGGUAUAAGGAUUUGCGGGAUGAUGCAGGAACUGGUUGGGAGCCAGCUUUUCCCGAAGGUCUUACACCGAGUAGGAGCAUUCGUCCAAAGGAAUUGGAUAUCAAACCUCGAGGGCCACCGCGGUCACCAGAUGAUGAAGAAGAGGCUACUGUACGACGAUAUGUUGGUGUAGGGGUGGGUCUUGCUACUCUCAUCACAGAAAAUCUUCUCAGCCACCCAUUUGUUGUAUUGAGGAGACAGUGCCAGGUUCACAAUGCCUCCACCCGCUAUCACUUGGUGCCCAUCACGCUGGUCCCUGUACUUAUUCAUCUUCACCAGCGGCAAGGAAUCACUACAUUAUGCAAAGGAUUAGGUUCAAUUCUCCUUGUUCGAGGCAUGACACUCGCUGUGGAGGACCUCAUAACUAAGUUCACUCCAUGGCCAAAGGAAGUGAAUGCAGACAGUUCUCUGAAGGCAUUUGGACAGCAUAUUCUACUGAAAUGUGUGAGCCUGGCUAUCAUCACUCCCUUCUACUCUGCAAGUCUGGUUGAAACUGUCCAAAGUGAUAUUGCUAGUGAAAAGCCUGGCAUUUUUGAUGUAUUCAGAGAAGGUAUUGUGAGACUAGUGAGCUGGGGAUCACCUCAAAAAGGUCGAAUGCUGCCAGUGUGGGCCCUUGUCACACCAACUGUUAUGUAUGGUCUUCUUAAAUACCUUGUGUGUCUAUGCACCAGAGGUAUUACUAGCCGUUUCCUUCAUAGCCAAAGACGUGCUCUGAGAGAAAAACAGGGUGCUUUUCCUCGGGAAAUGCAUCAAACCUCUGAGGACAUUGAAAUUACUUCAUCACUUGUUGGACUUGUGACAGCAGAUGUGCUGCUCUUCCCUCUGGAAACCAUUUUACACAGGUUACACCUCCAAGGAACAAGGACCAUCAUUGAUAAUUUGGAUUCUGGAUUUGCAGUAACACCCAUCCUCACAAGCUACUCUGGAAUUGGGGAUUGUUAUAGGACAACCUUACAAGAAGAAGGCAUUCCUGGGUUUUACAAAGGCUUUGGUGCCCUAGUUUUACAAUUUGCCGCACACGUAGCAGUCAUAAAACUAGCAAAAGUAAUGUUGACUGAACUGGGUAGACUACUAAGUGGUGGCGGUGGAGGCAAUGGUAGUCCCAAGGCACCGUCUCCUCAGGAGGAGAUCAUUACUGAGUCUUUUAGACCUCAGUCAUACCCCUACAGUCAGCAGCAGAUUCCCCCAUAUCCUCGUCAGCAGUACCCUCGGUAUGCUAACGCACCCUCAGAACUACCUCCAGCCAACACACCCUCUGGAGACGGAGGCCACCCUCAGUUUUUCUGGAGCAACCAGCGUUGAGUGUUUUGUAAAAUGAUGCUUUCUAUUGUUAUUCCUUCUUAGGUAAGGUGAAUAGCUUUAAGUGAUUGCCAAGCUCACUUUUGGCUAUGCUAAGCCUAUCUAUUAUGCUUUUGUGAGUGAGGGUAGGUAGUGUAAAUUUCUCUAGUCCUAAACCGGAACUUAAGGACGGAAAAGAUAAGUGAUUGAUUUCACAUUAUUAUCUUGUAAUUUGAUUGUUCUCAAUUAUGAUGUCCAUUUCUUUCAAUUAUGAUUUUAUUUUAUUUCUAACUUCUGGGGUUUAAUAAGUCAUUCUAAUAAGUCACUCUGAUAAGUUAGCUUUACACAAACUAAUGAUAUUCAGGAUAUGCUGGGACUUUUUUCAAAAAGUAUUUUGUCAGUAAAAUGGUUUGUUAAAAUUCAAUAAAAGAAAGUAAUUGGA